CAAAUUUAAGAGGGCAUGCAGUGCAAUCCCCUUGCCCUUUCUAAAGUUCUGAACCUGCAAUUUAAUACCUCCAGAUGUGAUACAAUUUUUUCUAUUCAUUAUUUCAGUUGUGAAUGAUACACAUACUAAAAUAUUAUAAUAAUUUCAGGAAAAUGGUCACAAAGAAGACAUUCUUUCUGUGGCUUUCUGUCCACCCAAUCUUCUGGCCACGUCCAGUUAUGAUGGAGAGGUCAUUGUAUGGAACAUGGUGUCUGGACAUAUCUUCUGCCAUCUGUUUGCUCCAGUACCUAAGGGAUACAAGGACCAGUCAUUGGAUGGUGACUUGAGCAUCAACAAGCUGUUGUUUUUGAGAUCCCGAGCAUACAAGAAGGAUGCAGCAUCUCUCAUUGCAGGAGGACCCAGAGGUUACCUCCACUUCUGGAAUGUAUUCCACGGAGGUUCUCUGUACGCCCAGUUUACAGGGACCAAACACACAGGUGCUAUGGUCACAGCCAUGGAGUUGUACAAGAAUGACACCAUUCUGUUCACUGCUGACAGUGUGGGGUUCAUCUACUGCUGGAAUGUGGAAGGCUACUGUGCUAAGAGCAAGGCAACUGACUCACCAGAGUUGAUAACCUACUGGCGUGGUCAUGUAGAGAGUAUAACCAAUAUAGAUGUGAUUGAAGAACACAAAAUGAUGAUCAGCUCUUCUCUAGACUGUACAGUAAGACUCUGGACAAUAGAAGGACAUUAUGUUGGUACAUUAGGCCAGCCAGACCCCUGGGAUGUGUUCAACCCCAAUACCUUCCAACACCCCAUGGUGCCGUAUGACGUCCUGGUGGACCCCAAGAGCUUGCCAUCCCACCCUGUCAUAGCAGGGAAACUGAACUUGGAGGAGGUUCUACAUGGUGAUAAGAAGAAAGAUAAGGUAGAAGAGAAGAUACCACCAGCCCCUGUAUAUGGUGAACAGACUUACUUUGUGGAUGAUGCCACUAUAGCAGAACAGAUCAAACAGAAACCCUUCAAUAAGGGAACAGGGAAAAGAGUCAGGCAUGAGCGUAUGAAAGCGCGACAGAUGAAGAUUGAUCGUGAUGGUCCCAGUGAAUACAGACUUCUACAGACAUUCCCCCUGGUGGAAACUCCAGACAUUAAACCCCCUGAGAUAUCGGGACACAAUGACGACCCUUUCAAUUUUUACGAUGAUUGAGCAUUUUGAGAGACAGCCAGCCAGGGUUAGGAUAAUUGAAAUAAUGGUGAAUAGAAGGUGGAAUACAGGCGAUUCCAGAGCUGUCCUUGGUAGCACUGAAUAUACCAGCAGUUACACAGGCAAUAGCAGUUCCAGUUGCAAGGGAUAUUUUCAAUCCAACAUGAUGAGUCACUAAAUUGAAAAAAAAAAAAA